AUGGAAAUCAAUGAUUUAUAUUUUUAUCCACUAGCAUCAGUUUAUCCUAAAAGAAUACCUUCAAAAUAUAGUAACAAAGGCUUGAAACCCAAAGUUUUAGACUUAUCAAAAGAAUUAGAUCCAAUUGAAUGUAGUUUAUCCAGAAAUUGUGACAUACUUUCUUAUUUUGGGCUUUUUCACAAAGUUUACAACAAAAUAAUUCUAUCCAAUCAUAAACUAAUAAAAAAAUUUAGCAAUGGUAAUAUACCUGAAGACACUAAAGACGAAGAAGUUGUCUGGGAAUCAAAUCAGCCUGAAGAUUAUGUUAUAUGUGUCGAGGCUCGUAUUAUUGGCACAUACUGGAACAAUAGAAGAAUCACACUCGUCUCUGUAGAUAACUCAAUUAAAUACCUGAAAUACCAGGAUGGCAAGUGGGUGGAAUCUAGAGAAAUUGUACUCGACAUCAACAGUUUGAACACGGGCAAACGUUACAAAAUCUUUAAAAGAAAUAACUUGACCAAUUUUCAAGCAAACGAUAAACUUCAUUUCAGUGAAAUUGUAGAAAAAAAUUCUGAAAACAAUGAGAUUGUUACGAUUUGGAGGGGUGAUUCAGACCAUAGGUAUUGUAAAGUUGUUUCUUUAUUUGAGAUGAGUAAUGGUAACAAGGUCAUGGCAAUGUUAUUCUUGGGCAAUAACUUAUUGAUAUACUACUUCGAUGGUAUCUGGAAACUCAAGGCUGACUCCCUCAAAAACAAUGACUUAAAACCAAGACUAGAUCACCUUUCUUUCCCUCAUGUGUCAAUAGAUGAAGUAUUCGAGUUUUCCUCCAUUGUUAUUAAUCUUUUCAACAAAAUUACUAACCCAUUCUCCCAGAAUGACUCCAAUAAAACCAUUGACAAAGAGUCUGUAACACUGGAAAAUAACCCCAAGGAGAGUUUAAAUGAAAUAGAAAACAAUUAUAUGAGACCUUUUUAUGGCUUGGAAGUAACUUUGCGUGAUAUGUAUUUGAUAUAUAGAAUCUACUUUACUACUUCUGGGCACUAUGCCGAUAAAUCAUAUAAAUAUGCCUUUAUAAACCUAAUUUAUCCAAGUACCGUAUUAAAUGACAAAGAUUCUUUUCGUGAAGUUGAUCCACGUUCUAAUUUUUAUCAAAACACUCCCCUUUACUACUCAUUCUAUGAAGAUAUCGACUCAACGAAUACAGGAAACACUGAUGUGAAUACUAAAAAUUCAAAUGCAACCAGUAGUGAAUCAAAUAAUGGAUUGGAUCAAGAGUAUGAAUAUUUCAAUGCAGUUAGUGGCGAAAUUAUUGAUCGCAAAACAGAUUCCGUGACAGUCAAUGAUGUAAAAAUUAGGUUUUUUAGUACUCAUGAUGAUACCGUCAUUAUCGACAAUACAACUAAUGAUAAUUAUAAUGAAGAUGAAGUUGUUGACUUUGGUUCGUUACAUAAUAAAAAUUGCAUAUCUGAUAAUAGCUGUUGUUGUUUUGAUAGACGAUCAGCUUACAUUAAGUAUUUAAGAAAAAUAAACGACAAGAGAGAGAAGCUUCUAGGUGUUACUUCAGUAGCCUUGGACAUCAACAGUACUGAACCAACUAAAGAGUAUUUUAUAACAAAAAGUUGUGAAAACUUUGAGUUUAAAUGUUAUUCACGUUACAAAUUUAACAAAAUAUUUCAUAAAUCAGAGGAAUUUGGUGAGAAGAUACUCUGGGAGGAUAAACUUGAUACAGAAUACGCAAAUCAAGUAUUCCUCCUACAUCACAAUGACAAACUUUGUCUUUUUAUUCUUUCUGAGACUCUCAAUUGCAGAUUGCUAAUUCUUGACCAUGAUUACAAUCCUGCCUUCAAUACCCUAGAUGAUGGAAUUAAAAUUGAUUUAAACAAAUUCCGAUUUUGUGAUAUGGAUAAUAAAACCAUAGAUAUUUUUGGUAUGGAUAAACGUGACUCAUGUUCUAGUUUUUACUUUCGUUAUUCUUUCCCAAAUAAAUGUUAUUUUAUUUAUUAUGAGGACAAAUUGGUCUGGAGCCAUCCUGAUUCUCUUGAGUCACUAACAAAUGAAGAAAAAGAUGAAAAAAACUUAUUGCAUAUACAUUUAAUGGUUUCCCAUUUUUUACUGGCGAUGGUUUAUACGCAUUUGAUCUGUUUCUCCUUAAAAACUUGCUCGAGUUAGCCAGUGUAAUUGUGGAUGAAAAAUUAAUAAAUGAACCAGAAAAAAAAUUUUUUAAAUUUAACUCUGAUGAAUAUAGAUCUCAAGUGCCCUCAACAGUUACCAAACACUAUCACAAGUACUUAAAUUUGAAAUCAAACUCUAAAAAUAAC